UUGGUUUUUUAUUGGGGAUAGCAAAAACUGCACUUAAAGAAACCGCUUCCCUAGUUAUAUGGGAUCAUAACAAGCUACAGUGUCAAUACUCCAAUAUUUUCUCUCUAUUUGCCACACAUCCAUCUUCUCUCUCGAUCACUCCACAAUAUUGCAAGUCUAUAUAUCUUUGAUUACUACUAAUUCAUGCAUUUCAUAUACAGUAAAAAAAUUUGCAGGCGGGUGUGAUUGAUUAUUCUAAGUAUCAACAAUUAUCUUCGUUAGGUUUUUUCCCGUUGCAACCCAACGACUCCUAAACUUACAGAGUUUGUCUUUCACGAUCAACAUGACGAGAGUUCACAUGGAAGAAGAAGGUAGGGCAGAGCAAAUAUGUCUCCCUCCUCAGCCAUCACCAUACCCUUGGCUUCUUUAUUUCAACGACAGCGAAGAAGGAGAAAAUAAGAAUCAAACAUUUCGCAGCAUAUUAGAUCCUACCAUAACCUAUUCAACAAGUAUUCCAGAAUUGAUGGGGGCAGCAGUGAAGGUAUGGACUAUACAACAUGGUUGGUGUCUUUUAGAAAACUUGGUCAUAUCAUAUAGUAUUACCGAUCAUCAUCGCAACCUGUUUCUUUGGAGUCCGUCUAACUUUAAGAAAAUCGAGCUCCCACACCUUAAACUAUCCAACAACAUUACAAUUGGUUAUUGCAUUUUCUCAUCCUCUCCAACAGCAACCGAUCAAGUUUGCUCGAUAUUUUUAUUCGCAAUAAAUACCACUAUAAUAUUCUAUUGUCAACUCGGAGAUGAGCAAUGGACUGAAGUAGACUGUCACGACGACCUACUCGUUGAUCCAGCUCUUAAAAAUGGAACUUCUUUUACUAACCCAGUACACUGCAAUGGUAGCUUAUAUGCAACAUUAUGGGGAACCACAAACACUGUUUUAGUAGAAAUCCAGAAACAUGAAUUGCGCUGUCUUCAAAUCAAAUCUACAGGUGUUUCCUUGCCAAAGUGUCUAACAUCAUUUCCUGAGUAUGGACUUCAUCAAAUAACCCACUGGUUUGGAUCCAACCACCAGCUAUUUCGAAUUAUAAUUUUGCUUAAUCUGGAUAAGGUUAUCCGUGUUGUUGUUCACAAAUAUGAUUUUUCUCUAAGGAUGUGGGAAAAAGUAGAAAGCAUCAAGGACAAAGUUUUCUUUAUCUCCGUUUCCGAUCCCAAAUCUAAUUAUGUUGGCUCAAGUUCACACUUUGUUUGUCAAGCAAUCAAUUCAGAAACUGAAGGAGGCCGCAUCUAUUUUGCCCUAAAAGACAACAAUUUUGUCUAUAUUUACAACAUUGAAGACAAUAGUCUUAUGAUUUCUCCAAAUUUCUCAAAUUUACCCAAAAGCCGGUCUUGUUGGUUGUGGUACAUGCCAGAGCCAACAUGUGUCAGGUCGACUGAUAUACUCAAAAAAGAAGUAAUUAGUGAAUAUGGUGGUGCAAUCCAUUUAAGGGAAACGGAAGACAGAGCUACUCACUUUGAUUCAUCCACACUUCCUUUAGACUUGGUCGAAGCCAUAGUAAAAUGUCUUAAUGUACACUUUGAUUCAUACACACUUCCUUUAGACGUGGUCAAAGCCAUAGCAAAAGGUCUUAAUGUGUUUGAUUAUUUGCAUUUACGAGCUAUCAAUAGACAUUUUCGUCGAGAAGCACCACCACUCGUUGAAAUUGAAUGGAGAUCGAGGUUUGAUGAUCUUUCAACGAUUCCAUUAUUUGUGUUGUCAUAUAAAGAUAAUGUCUUCACUUUUGUGCAUCCAAAGCAAGGUCUGAAGUACAAAUAUACCAUUAAUUUUCCCCCCCAACCCCAAGUCAACACAGAUGAUGAAAUCAUUUGCUACUCAAAAGAUGGUUGGCUGCUAUUGGCAUUAAGACAUUCUUCAUUCUUCUUCAAUCCCUUUACAAAACAAGUGAUACCACUUGCACAUGGGAGUAAUGCAACUGUGUUUACUCACUGUGUUGGCUUUUCACAUCCUCCAACUUCUUCUAAAUGUGCAACUGUCGAGUGUAUGGGGAUUCUAUCAUUCCUUACUUUCCUUGGGGGUGAACGGAUUCCUUCCAUAUAUGAAGGUGAUGACUUCGAUAAAUUUCCUCUCUACGACAGAAGCCCUGUUUUUUUCAAUGGAUCAUUUUAUUAUCUUAGCGUUGAGGGGAAGUUGGGAGUUAUACAAGUAAGACAACAUGCAGGCAAUGGUAUAGGACUAAUUUGGAAAGAACUAGAGGAGCCUCAAGCUCCAUUGACCAACUACUUCAAUAGCUUUCUAGUUGAAUGUGAUGGCAAUCUCUUAUCGGUAUUUGAAGUUGAGGGUCAGUUUCAAAAUUGGGUUCAUGUUUUCAAGUUGAAUGAGCCAACAAUGACAUGGAUCAAAGUUGAAAGCCUAGAAAAUCACAUGCUUUUCGUCUGUAGCAGUGCAUCAUUUUCUACUGCGGCAACCAUUCCUGGAAUGGAAAACAAAAUAUACUUUCCUAGAUUGUAUGGCCAGAAUAUCGUGUUUUAUUCGUUAGAAACAAACAACUACCACACAUUUGAGAAUGAAGUGCUGAAUUUCAAUCAUGUGAGAGAACAGUUGAAUAGCAGUUGGAUACAGCCAAGGUGCCACUAAGGUUCACCUUAAAUAUUCUGGAAAAGAUUAGAUCAAUUUAGUAAACUAUGAAUGUCAUUUUAUGCUUUUGUUGUUCAAUUGAACAUCUCUUUGAUAUACUAUUAAUUAAAGUUGCAUUUGUGUCUAACAUUGUUAUCUUUGAAUUGGUUUUUUGGAGUGAGAUUGAAGCUCAUAUUGCAUGACAUAUAUAGAGCUAGAUGUUGUAGAAAACAGGUGGGAAUUAGAUCGGAGAACACUUUGUGAAUGAAAGUUAGUAUUGAAGUUAGUAUUUAAAUGUUUAGAAAAUUUUGUAGUCCUGAAUGAUAGGAUAUUAUGUCAAAAAAAAAAUGAUAGGAUAUAUAGCUGCCAAGA